AUGCCUCCCGAAGCCAGACAGAUGUUGCCUAUGUACUCAAAUCAGCACAAGACUGUUAGAGGCGACCCCGCUCCGGGAGGGCCCGAGCCGCGUCCUCGCUGGGGUGGUGCCCGGGCGGGUCCCCGUCCCCGCUGCCGCCGCGCAGCCCCGAGGCCGUUCGGGCGGCGCCCACCAACCUGCGCCCUCGCGGCGCCGCGGGAGAAGCGGGCGGGGGACGGAGACAGCCCGGUAGCCUGGGACACCUCCAGCUGUCCCGGGACGCAGCUGACUCCUCAGCGAGCCGCCCAGCCCCGGCAGGCGCCGACGCCAGGCGGGACGGCCCGCGACGUGCGCCAGGUACCGCCGGCCGCGGCUGCCCCUCCGCGGCGCUCGCUCACCUCAGCUCCCAGGCGGGAAAGCCCCCGGCUCCUCGCUCACUCCAUGCCCGCUGAGGACGGACGGACGGACGGCGGCUGCCGGCGGUGCCCAAGGCAGGAGGCGCGGGGAGGAGAGGAGAGGGGAGGAGAGGGGUGGCCCGGCCGGCCCCGCCCCGGCCAGCCCCGGCCCCUGUCCCCACCCCAGGGCGCCGGGAGCGCCGAGGCGGGUGCGAAGCAGCAGCCCCCAGGCCAAAAGCCGCGGGCGGGCGGGGGGCAGAGUCCGAGAGCCCUGGGCCGAGCUCCGCGGGACGCCGCGCAGGCAGCGCCGAGCGCGGGGAUGGCCGGCAGGGGCUGCCCCAGCCGUCUGGCUCCCCUGCUGGUGCUCGCCCUGCUCUGGCCGGGCCGCGCCGCCGCGGCGGCUGAGGGUGAAAAGGGCUUUCCUGGUGUUCCAGGUCCGCCUGGUCAUAGGGGGUUUCCUGGUCCAGAAGGGCCUCCAGGGCCACAGGGACCAAAGGGUUCUCCAGGGCUUACGGGCUUAGUUGGACCCAAAGGUAUACGAGGAGUCCCAGGAAUACCUGGAUUUUCAGGUCCCCCAGGACUUCCAGGUGAACCGGGAACUGUUGGCCCUCCUGGGCGCUCGGGUGUUCCAGGAUGCAAUGGCACAAAGGGUGAUCGAGGUUUUCCAGGUCCUCCAGGUAGAAGAGGUGCUCCAGGCAUUCUAGGUAUUGCUGGUAUCAAAGGAGAGAAGGGGUGCCCUGCAGAUGGAUAUAACCAAGGGUAUGGUGCAAAAGGUGAUCCUGGAUUGCCAGGAAUGCCUGGACUUCAGGGUGCCCAGGGUGCUCAAGGAUAUCCCGGGGAGCUUGGACCACAGGGUCCUCCAGGAGCUUCAGGCAUGCCAGGGAGAGCAGGACCUCCUGGACCUAAGGGUCUUAUGGGACUGAAAGUAAUAGGAACCAAAGGAAGAAAGGGUGACACUGGGUUAACUGGACCCCCUGGACCACCAGGAACCGUUAUUGUGACAUUAAGUGGACCAGACAACACAACGGACUUGAAAGGAGAGAAAGGAGAAAAAGGAUCAAGAGGACUUCCAGGGCCAAUGGGGUUCACAGGGCCUGUUGGUGAUUCUCAAAGUGAAAAGGGUGACCAAGGAGAACCCGGAGCACAGGGUAAACCUGGAAAAGAAGGUGCCCCAGGUCCACCUGGCUUACCGGGACAAAAGGGUGAACAGGGCAGACCAGGACUGGCUGGCAGGCAAGGAGCUAAGGUAUUGUCUAAUGGUUUUGUUGUUGCUUUUGAGGAUGAGCAUAAGACGGAGUAUUAUGAUAGUGUUGUUGGUGAAAAAGGAGAUGAAGGACCCCCCGGACCUCCAGGACCAAAAGGUCAACGUGGCAUGCCUGGACCACAGGGUCCUCCUGGAGGUGCUGGUAGACCAGGUGUGUCAAGACCUGGUCUGAGAGGUCCCCCAGGAUUUCCUGGGCCAAAAGGAACAAAAGGAGAGAAAGGACAGACUGGCUUGUGUAUUGUAGGCCCUCCAGGACUACCUGGUAUUACUGGCAGACCUGGUUCUGUUGGAUUACCAGGUCCUCCAGGAGAACCAGGUAGAGUAACAUUUAGAACAGGCUUACCAGGACUUCCUGGAGAGCCAGGGUGUACAGGACCUCCGGGACCUCCAGGAGAUACGGGCGUUAAAGGUGAUGAAGCUUACGUGUGUACUGAUUGCAGCUAUAUUCCGGGAAUACCUGGUCUUCCUGGUUCUCCUGGGCCACAAGGCCAGGAUGGCAUGCCUGGUAGAGAAGGAACAAGAGGUCCAAAAGGUUCUCCAGGUUCUCCAGGAGCACCAGGGUUUCCAGGAGCUCAAGGACCUCCAGGUUUUCGAGGAGAUCAAGGACGUAAAGGAUCAAAAGGUGAGCCAGGUUACGUAUAUCCAGAAGGGCCAAAGGGUGAGCGAGGAGAUCCAGGGGCCAGAGGAGAUAAAGGAAGAAAAGGUUCAAGUGGAUUUCUGGGAAGACCUGGCUCUAAAGGAUGCAAGGGCUCUAAAGGUGAAGAGGGAUUGGCUGGUUCAAAAGGAGACAGAGGACUACCUGGAUUGCCUGGCAGUCUUGGUCUUCCUGGAGAGAUGGGGCUUCCUGGACUGCCAGGAUAUGGACCACAAGGAAUAAGAGGUUUCAAAGGCUCUAAAGGAGUACCUGGUCCACCUGGAUUACCUGGAGAAGCUGGUCUGAAAGGAGAGACCACUAGGAUAACUCCAUUACCUGCAUCGCCAGGACCUCAAGGACCAGAUGGUUUACCUGGACCCCCGGGAGUGCCUGGUAGGGUUGGAGCAAGAGGUCAGCCGGGUGAUUCAGGACAUCUAGGACCAACAGGUGACACAGGCUUUCCAGGGCUUGGGUUUCCUGGAAACCCAGGUCCAAAAGAACAGCUGGAUGCGGAGUGGCCUUUGUGGUUCAAGUAUAUCAACAGUGACUGGUAUAAACUCAGCUCUAUUGACCUGCUUUAUGAACAUAUUGAUUUGCUGGGUGACCCAGGCAUGGUUAUUCCUGGGGAGCCAGGUAGACUGGGUUCACCAGGAGGUCAUGGCAUUCCUGGCUCAAAGGGUGAUACUGGAUUUCCAGGACUUCAAGGCCUACCAGGGCGUGCUGGACAUGAUGGUGAUGAUGGCCUAAGAGGAGAUCGUGGCUCACCUGGAGUUCCUGGAGAUCCAGGUUUUCCAGGGAAACCUGCUGAAUGUCUUACUGGCCUGCCAGGUUUGCCAGGUGGCCAGGGAGCUACCGGCCCACCAGAUCUAAUGUUGAGCCCUCAAACAGGCAGAGUUCAAGAAGAGUUUCAUGCUCAUGAAAGCAAGAUAGAGAUGAAGGUUUAUUUUCCAGACACAUGUACCAUACUUGAUUGUCAUGCAUUUUUCAUAGGAGGAAGAGGUUCACGAGGUUCAAAAGGAAAGCUAGGUCCUCCUGGCUUGAGUAUCCCAGGAAUCUAUGGAGAGCCUGGGGAACCUGGAUUAAUAGGUCUUCAGGGAAAUACGGGAUUACCUGGUGCCAAGGGACAGUCUGGACGGCCAGGAAUCUCUGGCGUGCCAGGCUCAAGGGGAGAGCCAGGUAUAAUAGGCCUGUUAGGAAUUCCUGGACACCCAGGCAUGAUUGGAAGACCAGGCAACCCGGGUAGCAGAGGUUCUUCUGGCUUCCCAGGACUGAAGGGAAGAAAAGGGUUUCUUGGAGCAAAAGGCGAACCAGGUGAUAAAGGUUUUCCUGGACCAUCUGAGACCUUGGUUGGCAUUGGGAAUAAAGGAGAGCAAGGCUUAAAAGGAGUUCAAGGAAGAAUGGGUCUAAGAGGAGAAAAAGGUGAUGCUGGUGUGCAAGGUCCCCCAGGUCUUGAUGGGUCUGAAGGAAUACCUGGUCUACCAGGUGUCAAAGGAUAUAUGGGUCUUCCAGGGAUUCCUGGAGGACAAGGAUUCCCAGGUGCACCAGGAAACAAAGGAGACAUGGGAAUUCCAGGUCCAAAAGGACAGAAAGGAUCUCCAGGCUUUCCAGGACCAUCAGGUGACCCUGGUCCACAGGGCUAUGGUGGCUUUCCAGGUGACAAAGGAGAUCCUGGGUACCCAUCUGCUGGGCCUCCAGGAGAGCCUGGUCCAAAGGGAGAUCCAGGCCCCCCAGGAGUUUUGGGCAGCAAAGGAGAAAAAGGAUCCCAAGGUCAUCCAGGACAUAAAGGAGUACCAGGACCACAUGGGAUCAGAGGUGAAACUGGAAGUGCAGGAAUCCCAGGGAAGCUUGGACCUCCUGGAGAUACUGGUGUUAAAGGACUGCAGGGCCGCCCAGGACAACAGGGCAUUAUAGGCCCUCCUGGUGGUGUUGGACACCCUGGAAAAAAUGGACUUGUUGGUGAAAGAGGUAAUCAAGGUCAGGAUGGUAUGCCUGGUCGCCCAGGAGUAAAGGGAGAACCAGGAGCACCAGGGAGAGGAAUCCCUGGCCUUCGAGGUAUUCCUGGUCAUAGAGGAAUCAAAGGGGACAUGGGCCUGCCUGGUUUUCCUGGGCCACCAGGUAUGAAAGGUCAUCAGGGUGACCAAGGACCCAUUGGACCUCCUGGCUUAGUGGGGUUACCUGGAUUUCAAGGCGCAACAGGCAUGGCAAUUACUGGCCAAAAGGGGAAUAGAGGUAUUGCUGGUGCAGAUGGGAGACCAGGUUUUCCAGGGCCUCCUGGUCUUCCCACUCCCAGCAUGAAAGGAAGCAAAGGUGUUAGAGGGGCAGAUGGCAUACCAGGGCCAACAGGCCCAGAUGGUGACAUUGGUCCUCCCGGUCCAAAAGGAAUAGAAGGUCGAUCAGGUUAUCCUGGUGCUAGAGGGGACCCUGGAUUUCUUGGAUUCCCAGGUGUAAAAGGAGAAAAGGGUAAUCAAGGACCCCCUGGACCACAAGGUGCAGAAGGGCCAAGGGGACCAAAGGGCCAGCGUGGUCCACCUGGAGUCCCUGGGAGAAUAUUCUCUGUCCCAGGAAGCAAGGGUCCUCCUGGACUGCCAGGAAUCCCAGGAACACCAGGUGAUCAAGGAAUUCAAGGGAUUCCUGGACUACAAGGACCUAAAGGAGUAAAAGGUCUACCAGGAAGUUUUGGUCAUCCAGGUCAACCAGGACUGCCUGGUCCGAAAGGAGACACGGGAUUUCCAGGACAAAGAGGACAACCUGGACUGAUUGGCUUUCCAGGUCUACAGGGGUUACCUGGAUCACCAGGUACUAUCACUGCUGGUCCAACAAGAAGAGGUUUUAUGUUUACCCGGCAUAGUCAGUCAACAAAGAUUCCUUCAUGCCCACAUGGGACAUCACAGAUUUAUGUUGGCUAUUCGCUGCUUUUUGUACAAGGAAAUGAACGAGCACAUGGACAAGAUCUUGGAACAGCUGGUAGCUGCUUGCAGAGAUUUACCACCAUGCCAUUCUUAUUCUGUAACACCAAUGAUGUUUGUAGUUUUGCUUCUCGCAAUGACUAUUCAUACUGGCUGUCAACUGCAUCAGUAAUGCCAGUAGACAUGGCACCGAUUUCUGGCAGGGCACUAGAGCCCCAUAUAAGCAGGUGUGUUGUCUGUGAAGGAGCUGCAAUGGUAAUAGCAGUUCACAGCCAAACAACUGUAGUUCCUGCAUGUCCAGAAGGCUGGAUAUCUCUCUGGAAGGGUUUUUCUUUUGUUAUGUAUACAAGUGCCGGCUCAGAAGCUUCUGGCCAAGCAUUGGCAUCUCCUGGAUCUUGUUUGGAAGAAUUUCGAGCCAUCCCAUUCAUAGAGUGCCAUGGCAGGGGGACAUGCAACUACUACACAAAUUCCUAUAGUUUCUGGUUGGCAUCGUUAAAUCCAAGAAGAAUGUUCAGGAAACCUCUACCACAGACUUUGAAAGCAGGAGAACUAGAAAAUAUCAUCAGCCGUUGUCAGGUCUGCAUGAAGAGACCAGUCUAA